CGACGCCGAUGUGUUUAUAUGUGAGAAUUUCUUCGGUAGAUGAGAAGGAAAAAGCAUUAAAUUUCUAUAUUAAUAUUAAUCUCCGUUAUUGUCACCAAUCAAUACGGCUUUUUCAUUUCGUAAUUCGGUUUUGAUUUCAAAUCGAAGUUUUGUAUUAUUCGUUAUUUGAUUUAUUUUCAUUAACUUCAUUGUUCUUACGUCGUUUGUAGUACUACCCUCAUCAUCUUUAGCGUCCCGGGAUGAUUGUUGUCCCCAUGAAGAGACUCAGAUAUUCUUUCGCCGAAUGGAAUGACUUUAUCUACGAACGGAACGAGAAACGGAGCAACAAGCUGUUUGAGAAGAAGAAGGAUUUAUGGUUCCAAGUGACGAAGAACGAAGUUAAAUAUCCAAUGGAGUUCAACCCUUGCCCUCGGCGUUGUUUCCAAAGUGAAUCUGUCGAUUUCAGCUCUUUUGUCGUAGAAGCGCCGAUUGUUGUAGUGGCCAAGGAUGGAACUGCGAGGGAGUUCACGUUCGCCAAGCGAUUCAGACUUGUAUUCAAUAUGAACGCCAUGGAUAAGACUUCGAUAACUGUUACGACCUGGCCCGCCAAGUGCCAAAUUUUAAUUGAGGCUACCUGCGUGAAAAGUAGGAAAGAAGAGGGGCAGCCAUCUAAGGAGAAUGAAAAAUCAAACAAAAAGAAAAACUCGAGAUGGAAAACAGAAAAGCAACAAGAGUGCCACAAAAUUGAUGCGGCUGAAGAUAGUGGGGAUGGCGUAAAUUUUUUCAAUAGUUUAUUUCCUUACAUCUACUUCUUCGGUAGAAAGUUCAGACUCUCUUCUAAUGUCGAUUUAAAUGAACUGGAAGCCACGCUGACAAAUGACAAGCAGUUGAUCAUUGAAGCUCCCAUCUUAGAUGAUGAUGAAACCGAACGUCGCAUUCGAAUUGAUAAAAUAAACUCCAUGAAGCCCCAACCUCAAACAACUGACUUGCAGCUUCAAAAAAAACCUCUGCCACCUUGUGAUCUGCCGAUCAUCAUCCAAACCACCUCGCCCUCUGACAACUCGCCGCAGGAUUUGAUGCACACUUCGAACUUAGAUCGAAAUCACACAAAUGCGGAAAAUGACCUAGGAAAAGGUUUGUCAGACGAGGUAGUAUCUCCUACGAAUUCAAAUAAUUCCUCAUCUGGGUGCAAAGAAGUGAAAGUCGGUGUUCCCAUCUUCAGAGAUGAAGGUUUUGUAAGAAGAAUGUACCUCACGCUCAACAUCGGAGACGAUUUCGAAAAUAAAGAUGUUGUCGUUCAGGUUUUAAGAGAAAAUCGCGUUCAGAUAACAGCGAAGAGAAAAAUAAAGAGUCACUGGCGUUCAAAAUCUGUUAGGUUCUGCCAGUGUUACGACCUUGGUGAAAAGAUAGAUCCUUUUACGUUGAGAGCCGGUUUCACUCGCGAAAAGAAGCUCAUGUUAACUGCAUUGUCUAAAGAUGCAUCGCAUCAUCCUGCUCAUACAUCUUCAGAGUCGUCAUCAUUUGAAGAUGAGGACCAAGAAGCCCAUCAAUUUUAAUAUUUCUAAAAAAUAGAUGGAGGCUUUUUGUUGUUUUUUAAAAUGAAUUUAUAUAUUUUUGGUAUUUAACAAUUUUCGACGAAUCUGUCAUAAAAUUCUGCAACAUGCACGAUUAAACUUUUUAUGAAUUAACAUCGUGCUUUCGCAUUUGCACCAUAAUUUGAUGUAUGCGAAACUUCUUGAAUUUGAAAAACUUGCGAUUUUGUCUGCUGUUAUGGUACCUUUUCUUUUGGGUUCAUAAGACGACACGAUGAAAUGUUG